CCAAGGCGGGGAGCAGCGCCGGACCCGCACUCGCCGAGCCCCUUCCGAGUAGGGAAGCCAGCCUUAAAGUCACGGUCACUUCCUUGAGCCUGGUGUCAGAAAGGCCAGCGUUUGUAUUUUACCUGUUAGUUUUAUUGUGAUCUUCGUCAGAAUUCACAAUGACAACGAUAACCAUGGCCACAGAAGUUCCCCCACGGGGUAAGGUGGAAAAUAAUUCUGCCUUCUAUGAGUCUGCAUCAGCUCAUAUUAUUGAAGAAACUGAAUAUGUGAAAGAGAUUCGAACCACCCUGGAAAAGAUCCGAAGUCAAAUGUUUAAAGAUGAUGGAGGACCGAAAGGUACAAAUCAAAAACUAGAUGCAAAGCAUUGUGGAAACAUUCAAAAUGCCUCUGAUUCUGAAAUGGAUCCCUCUUGUUGCAGUUUGGAUCUGCUCAUGGAAAGAAUGAAAGGAAAAGACCUACAGCUCUUAGAAAUGAGCAAAGAGAAUGAAGUAUUGAAAAUCAAGCUGGAAGCCUCCAGGGAAGCAGGAGCAGCAGCUCUAAGAAGUGUGGCCCAGAGAUUAUUUGAGAACUACCGAACACAGUCUGAGGAAGUUAGAAAGAAGCAUGAGGACAGUAAACGGUUGCUUCAGGUGAACAAACUUGAAAAUGAACAGAAAUUAAAACAACAUGUUGAAAAUCUGAAUCAAGUUAGUGAAAAGCUUGAAGAAAAACAUAGUCAAAUCAUAGAUUUGGAGAACCUUGUACAGAGAAUGGAAAAGGAAAAGAGAACAUUGCUAGAAAAAAAAUUGUCUUUGGAAAAGCAGCUGCUACAACUCAAACCCAAUGCUACCUACAACAAAAGUUGCCAGGAUCUUCAGAUGGAGAUUGCCCUUCUCCAGGAGCAGAUCUCUCAUCUGCAGUUUGUGAUUCAUUCCCAACACCAGAACCUGCGCAGUGCCAUCCAGGAGAUGGAAACGUUAAAAACGAAUUUAAAAGAACAAGAUAAAAAAAUUGAAACUCUGAAAGAGAAAGUCAAUAUACUUGAAGCCCAGAACAAAGAACUAAAAACUAAGGUGGCGCUUUAUUCCGAAUCUCCUAAGACAACAGUAUCGAAGGCUGUCUCUACAAGUGAACUGAAGACUGACGGCACAUCCCCCUACUUGAUGAUGAUUAGGCUACGGAAAUGAACUGGCUGACCAAAGAUCUGAAUGAGAAAGAUAAUUCUGUGGGUCUUAUUUAUUCCUUGAACCAUAGCCUAGAUUCACACGUCAAGAUGGCUCAAUGCCAGUAUUUAAUGGACUUUAUUACACUUAAAUAACUUUGCAAGAAGAUGAUAUUCCAGAAAAUCAAGCAGUUGUCUUUUCAAGGGAAGGAACUCUAUCUUCCCAAUUACUAAAUGAUAAAAGAAACCUGGUGCUUUCCCAUGAUGCAGGAUGAAUUUUGCUUGAAAUUUUAAAUAUCUGAAUUUUGGGAGGUUUUUGCGGAAUGUCAAAUUUGACCUAUUGAUAGUGGGUUUUAUUUAUAAAAAGAGAAUGUGUGUGUGUAUGAAUAAAUGAUAUAUUUU